AUGUCUAAAAGUCAGACCGACUAUGAACAGCACUCUUCGCCAUCACAAAUCCUCGACCUACGCAGCGCAAUAUGCCAGCCUGACAUAUGUCCCUCUGCUGAUCGUCUGGUGCUGCGCCUCUUCCUGCCAGUCGCCCGCACCAGAGUGCCUCUAACCAGCGUACUUUCGCCCAGUUCACCGUUGUCAUCUACAGAAUUAGCGGGUGAGGAGAACAGGACUGGAGACCUGGACGCAGACGCUGGCGAGGUGGACGCUCGUGCGGUGGCGGGCUACGGAGGCCUACUGACGUCUGGCUUCGUCGGCCGUCUUCGCCGGAGAGCCUCGUUGUUGUCGCUCACCUCGCUCGGCUUUGUCGCCUCCGCCGGAUUGGCCGGUGGUACGGCUUGUCUUGCAGCCGGACUCAUGUCUGAGAUUCACGUGAAGCUGGCUGACGUGAAGGAGUUUGCUGCAUGGGCUGCAGCACUGCGGAUCGCGGUAGACUUCUCAACAGAGACAAAGCUGCGGGCACACACCUGUAAGGAGUUGGCCUGCCUAUACCUUAGAACAGAUACAAUCAUUUCGUUGCUUUAG